CGCGGCCGCCCGCCCGGCUGGUGCGUGCGAGGGAGAAGAUGGCGGCGGCGGGGGCGGCGGCGUGAGGGGCCAGGACCGCCCGAGCUCCGCGGGGGACGCGGGGCCGCCAUGGCCCUGCACGGCGCGCAGUAUAUUUUUGGGGAGUUCAGCCCUGAUGAAUUUAAUCAGUUCUUUGUGACUCCACGAUGCUCUGUUGAGCUCCCCCCAUACAAUGAAACAGUUUCAUGUGGUAUUAAAUCCACAGGGGAAGAGUAUCAGAGAAUUGAAUUUGGUGUUAACGAAGUUAUUGAGACUCAGUCAUCUGUCCUGAAUAACACCGACUACAGUAUUUCAAGUACUCUGAAUCCUCAGGCUCCAGAAUUCAUUCUCAGUUGUGCACCUGCUCAGAAACCCCCUGAUGAUGCUCUCAGCGAAACCAACUACAACUCCAUCGACUGCCAGUUCAGCGAUCCCGGCCUGGCUUUGGACAGCGGCUCCAACGCUGAAAACGACGGCUUGUCCGGAGGCCUCGGGCAGAGGGAGCGCAAAAAGAAGAAGAAAAGACCCCCUGGAUAUUACAGUUACCUGGAAGAUGUCAGUGAUGGCAUGGCCCCCCCGGAGGCGCUGGUGAACGGCCACGCCAACUCCUCGGGACUCCCCGCGGAGGACACGGAGCUGGCAGGAGACAUCCCCUCCCUGGCCACGCCAAGGACUUGCAACAGCCCGGACAACUCCGUGGACUUCAUGCCUGGAGCUGUCCCUGCUGGGGCCGUUCCCAGCGCUCUGGACAAUGCCAGGACUGCCGGGCAGCCCGAGGUAUGCCGAGUUCCUAAUUCUGAACAGUUUUGCCUCCCCUCAGAGGCCGUCAGAGAUAGCCCCCUAAGGACAGCUGGUGUACAGUCUUAUGCUGGUACUGAUACUACUGAAAGUCUUGGCGUUACUAAUGGACAAACACUUGAAUCCUCUGGUGAGGACACAGCUGCCAAUGGGGUAGAAUUGCACACUGUGGAAAGCACUGACUCAGACCAAGCUAAGCCUGAGGAAGCUUCACCUACUACUGAGGCAACAGUCCCGGUUGCAGGAUCAGUCCCCGUUAAUCAGCCUGCAAAAUCGUGGGCUAGUCUUUUUCACAAUUCCAAGCCCUCUGCUUCCACAUCUGUGGUGUAUGUUGAGACUAAGUAUACCCCUCCUGCCACAUCUCCUCUGGUCCCUGAAAAACAGGUUGAAGUCAAAGAGGGGCCUGUUCCAGUUUCAGAGGAUCCUGUAGCCAUAAAGAUUGCAGAAAUACUGGAAAGUGUAAGGCUAAUACAUAAACCAGUGUCUUUGCAACCCCGAGGGCUGAUCAACAAAGGAAACUGGUGCUACAUCAAUGCUACCCUGCAGGCCUUGGUUGCUUGCCCUCCAAUGUAUCAUUUAAUGAAGUCCAUUCCAAUGUAUUCCAAAUCACAGAGGCCCUGCACCUCAACUCCAAUGCUAGACAGUUUUGUUCGUUUAAUGAAUGAAUUCACUAAUAUGCCUGUACCUCCUAAAGCAAAGCAAGCUUUAGGUGAUAAAAUAGUGAGAGACAUCCGACCAGGAGCUGCCUUUGAACCGACCUACAUUUAUAGACUCUUGACGGUUAUAAAGUCGAGUCUGUCAGAAAAGGGCAGGCAAGAGGAUGCUGAAGAAUACUUGGGAUUUAUCCUCAAUGGACUACAUGAAGAAAUGCUGACCCUCAAGAAACUUCUCUCUCCACAUAAUGAAAAACUCUCGGUGUCCAACGGCCCUGAGGCUCAGGCUGUUCCCGAGGAGGAGGAGCAGGAGGAACAAGGGGAAGGCAGUGAGGACGAGUGGGAGCAAGUGGGACCUCGCAACAAGUCAUCAGUCACUCGACAGGCUGACUUUGUGCAGACUCCAAUCACUGAUAUUUUUGGUGGUCACAUAAGAUCUGUUGUUUACCAGCAGAGUUCCAAGGAGUCUGCUACACUGCAACCUUUCUUCACCCUGCAGCUGGACAUCCAGUCAGACAAGAUCCGCACAGUGCAGGACGCCUUGGAAAGUUUGGUGGCAAGAGAGUCUGUCCAGGGAUACACCACAAAAACCAAGCAGGAGGUGGAGAUCAGCAGAAGAGUCACACUGGAAGAGCUGCCCCCUGUUCUUGUUCUGCACCUCAAGCGGUUCGUCUACGAGAAGACUGGGGGGUGUCAGAAGCUUAUCAAGAAUAUUGAGUAUCCUGUUGAUCUGGAAAUUAGUAAAGAGCUACUAUCUCCUGGUGUGAAAAGUAAAAUUUUUAAAGGCCAAAGAACCUACCGGCUCUUUGCAGUUGUGUAUCACCACGGGAACAGCGCCACGGGUGGCCACUACACCACGGACGUCUUCCAAAUCGGGCUCAACGGCUGGUUGCGCAUCGACGACCAGGCCGUGAAGGUGAUCCAUCAGUACCAGGUGGUGAAGCCGACUGCGGAACGCACAGCCUACCUCCUGUACUACCGCCGUGUGGACCUGCUGUGACCCCUGCCUGCAGCACCCUGCUCUCUAGGACGCCAACUAUCACUAAUUUCCUCUCCUGUAAAUGCUCUUCUGAGUGAAUCUUUUGUUUUCAUUUUUUUUUCCUUUUAUUUUUCCUUUUCUUUUAAUUUUCCUUUUAUUUUUUCUUUAAUUUCCUUUUUUUUUUUUUUUAAAUUUUUCCUUUUAUUUUUUAUUUCCCCCUUUUUUUCCCCGCCCCUUGCAACUAUAAGAGUGAUAAAGGAAACUACCGUGGGUUUGUGCACGACGUAGUUUGUGUUUGACUUUUUGCCAGAAUGAAGUCGCUUGGUUGGAAGACUCGAGUCUCGUGAAUCACAAAAAAAAAAAAAAAAAAAAAAAAAGGCAAAACAAAAAUUAAUCUGAGUUCAUGCUGAAUCCUAAGAUAAUAAAGGGAUUGACAUUUAAUUCCCACUUUCUAAAUGCGUAGUAGAAGAAAACCCUGCACCAGCAACAGAACUUGUAGAUUUCUGUGAAAAUGUUUUAUCUUUACUUCAGUAAAAAAAAAAAAAAUUAAAAAAAAAUUAAAAAAAAAUAAAUAAAAAUAAAAAAGCUCUCUCUGCUUUCCCCAAUAGUUUUUUGAUAAGUGGUAAAAUAUGAGCCGAUGUGUAUGAGAUGGAAAUGGUCCUUUGUGCUUCAAAACAUGUACAAACUGCAGAGUUGCUGGUUCCUGAUAAGAAGACACAUUUUAAUAAUUGUGCGAUGAGAAACUGCUUAAGUACACAUUGCAGAUCAAAUAUUUGGAGUUAAGAUGUUAGUCUAUAUAGAUGGGUGAUUGUAACUUUAUUGCUAUUAAGAAAUUUCAAACUGCAUUUAUGCUUCUGUGUACAUGAAAUUAAGAAAAUGGGCAAAAUAAUUAAGAUUGAUAUUUCUUUAAGUCUGCUUUGUUUAAUUUUGCUGUCUGCUCUCCUAUAAUGUUGAGUUCCUAAUUGUACACAGUUUAGUGAUAUCUAGAAGUAUAAAGUUGUCGCCCAUCAAUAAAAGUCACAAAGUUGGUUUAA